ACAGAGGAUAAGUGUUAUGUUGAGCGAGUAAAAGUUUUACCACCGGACUUCAAAAUUUUAUUUCUUUCCAGCUCCCACCGCCGCCUCGUUCUCCUCGCUUCCAUCUCACGCAAGAGCUAUGAAGAUAACCGCCUUGUUUGUUUUCAAGUGCGCUCCCGAAGCUUCAAAUCCAGUCAUCCUCGCCAAAGCUUCCAACGUCUCCCACAUCGGCUAUUUCUAUCAAACAAACGCCGAGGAGUUCCUCGUUUUCGUAGGUCGCACUGUCGCCAGCCGCACUCCUCCUUCCCAACGCCAGUCCGUCCAGCACCAAGAGUACAAGGUUCACGCUUACAAUAGAAACGGACUUUGCGUGGUGGGAUUCAUGGACGAUCAUUACCCUCUUCGUAGUGCCUUUACUCUUCUCAAUCAGGUUAUAGAUGAGUACCAGAAGAGUUUUGGUGAGACAUGGAAGUCUGCUAAAGAAGACUGCACUGCUAAGUCCUCCAGCUGGCCUUACUUGGCUGAGGCUCUUACCAAAUUCCAGGACCCAGCAGAGGCUGAUAAGCUGUUGAAAAUCCAGAGGGAGCUGGAUGAGACCAAGAUUAUCCUUCAUAAAACCAUUGAUAGCGUUCUAGCCCGUGGCGAGAAGCUUGACAGCCUAGUGGAGAAGAGCUCUGAUUUGAGCUCGGCGUCGCAGAUGUUCUACAAGAGUGCCAAGAAAACGAAUUCGUGCUGUACUAUUCUAUGAGGCUGCAUGCAGUUCUUGGUGUUCUGUGUAUGUAUUUUCAAUUUUUUCAUCCAAACUUUUGAAGAGGGUGAGGAGAUUGUUUUCUUUUACACAUCUCUAACUCUUGUGUGUUAUGAUGUCAACUUCAGUUCGUCUUUGUUAUAUUAUACUAGUUGCUUUUGUUCAGGUUU